CAGGCCAGCGACAAAGAGCACAUGCGUUUGAGGGCCCGGCCCCACACCCGCCCGGUCUGGCCAAGAACCCAACCCCAUGCAACAGCAGUGCGCACAAGUUCACCUGCCCCAGUGACGCACCAUGCCCAUCGUUGACAAGCUGAAGGAAGCCCUGAAACCUGGCCGCAAGGACGCGGCCGACGAUGGAGAGCUGGGGAGGCUUCUGGCCGCCUCUGCCAAGAAGGUCCUGUUACAGAAGAUUGAGUUCGAGCCGGCCAGCAAGAGCUUCUCCUACCAGCUGGAGUCGCUGAAGAGCAAAUACGUGCUGCUGAACCCCAGAGCAGAGGGAGCCGCUCGCCACCGGAGCGGGGAUGAGCUGCAGGCCAGGAGACAGGGCAGCGAGCAGGUGUGCGAGAGCAGUGGCGAUGGUGUCCCCGCCCCACAGAAAGUGCUCUUCCCCACGGAGCGGCUGUCCCUGCAGUGGGAGCGCGUUUACCGCGUGGGCGCCGGACUCCACAACCUGGGCAACACGUGCUUCCUGAACGCGACCGUGCAGUGCCUGACCUACACGCCGCCGCUCGCCAACUACCUGCUGUCUCGGGAGCACGCCCGGAGCUGUCGCCAGGGCAGCUUCUGCAUGCUGUGCGUCAUGCAGACCCACAUCAUCCAGGCCUUUGCCAACAGUGGCAACGCCAUCAAGCCUGUGUCCUUCAUCCGAGACCUGAGAAAGAUCGCCCGGCACUUCCGCUUCGGGAACCAGGAGGACGCACACGAGUUCCUGCGCUACACCAUCGACGCCAUGCAGAGGGCCUGCUUGAGCGGCUGUGCCAAGCUGGAUCGGCAGACACAGGCUACUACUUUGGUCCAUCAGGUCUUUGGAGGCUGUCUCAGGUCACGUGUGAAGUGCUCAGUGUGUAAGAGCGUCUCGGACACCUACGACCCCUACUUGGACGUGGCGCUGGAGAUCCGGCAAGCCGCAAACAUCGUGCGCGCCCUGGAGCUCUUCGUGCAGCCAGACGUCCUGAGUGGAGAGAACGCCUACAUGUGUGCUAAGUGCAAGAAGAAGGUGCCCGCCAGCAAGCGCUUCACCGUCCACAGGGCGUCCAGCGUGCUGACCCUGUCCCUCAAGCGCUUCGCCAACUUCAGCGGGGGGAAGAUCACCAAGGACGUGGGCUACCCGGAAUUCCUGAACAUCCGCCCGUACAUGUCACAGAGCCACGGUGAGCCUGUCACGUACGGGCUGUACGCGGUCCUGGUCCACUCGGGCUACAGCUGCCACGCCGGCCACUACUAUUGCUACGUGAAGGCAAGCAACGGGCAGUGGUACCAGAUGAACGAUUCCUUGGUCCAUUCCAGCAACAUCCAGGUGGUUCUGAACCAGCAGGCCUACGUGCUCUUCUACCUGCGAAUUCCAGGCUCCAAGAAGAGUCCUGAGGGCCCCGUCUCCAGGACAGGCUCCUCUCUCUCCGGCCGCCCUGGUGUGGCUCCUGACCACGGCAAGAAGAAUGUCAGCAAUGGGACCGUGUCAUCCCCGCUGACCGGAAAGAGACCGGACCCCACGACCCUGAGGAAGCUGCAGGCCGCGGAAGAGACGGGGGUGCCCGUAUCCAGACACGGCUUCCUGUCCGGCCCGAAGUCUCAGAACGGACACGUUUCUCCAAAGCCACCCUUGGGGUCCCCGUUCCCCCGACUCUCCAGAACACCCACGCCCCUGCCAACCAUCCUGGACGAGCCUGGAAAGAAAGUCAAGAAGUCGGCUCCCCUACAGCACUUCUCCCCGCCCCUCAAAACUUCUCAGGGGUUCCACGGUGCCAGCGGCCCGAGUGGCAGCAGGUGUGACCGCCAUAGGCCAGGCUCCUGGGAUGGCAGGGCCGCUGUCCUCUCUACCUCACCCAGGCUCCCACUCACAUCGACUGCCAGUGGGCAUGGGCCUGAGGGCCUCACCCUCGACGGGGGGCACUCCAGCAGUUCCAGCCCCGAGCACGCCCAGGCGCCCCCACCCCCCAGGAGCGGAGCCGCCCGCUGCUGUGAUUCUCAGGGAAGGACCUCCACCGCCGGCCCGCCCAGGGCCCUGCUGAACGGCGAGGACGCGAAGGCGGUGAAGCCGCGGUGCCCUGGCCUGGGCAGUACCGCCACCGAGCCCACAAACACCAUGUCUCCUCCGCCAGCGAAGAAACUAGCCCUCUCUGCCAAGAAGGCCAGCACCCUGCGGAGGGCCACCGGCACUGACCGUGCGCCUCCCUUCCCACCACUCUCCGACCUCACCUGCCCCCGGAGAGCCACCCACCCCGCCGUCGCCCGUGCCCGGCCUGCCGGUGCCGCCAGGGCUGUUCCGCCUGCUCCCAGACCCUCCAGCCACCUGACGCCCCCCCUCGGCCCCCACUCCGCCACGCUCCCCAGCAGCCCCCAGGCUCUCAGGAUGCCCGGCCCCCCGAACUCUGCCUCUGCUCCCCUGCCUCAGGUCAACGGGGGCUUCUGGGCCCCUCCGCACCAGCUGCCAGAGGCCAGCGAGCCCCCCCAGGGCCAUUGCAAGAAGAGGAAGAGGAAGCGCCUGGGCGAGGUCCAGGGCCCGGGCCCAGAGGUCGGGGAAGCAGUGGCCCCUCCUGGGAAGAGGAGGAGGAAGAAGCGGAAGCGUUCAGGGGACUCGGACACCUGCCCCCCGCAGGAGGGGCAGCACGGGCACCCUGAGCGCAAGGAGGAGGGCCGGGUGGAGCCGCCGGCGGCCCGAGCGGAGGAAGAGGGUGGACAGCAGCCAGUGAAUGGCCAGGGCCUGGUGAACGGCUGGCAAGCGGGGUGCAGGGCAGACGGCCCCCACGUGAACAAGAAGAGGCGGAGGAAGGGGGUGCAGGGCCUCAAGGGAGAAGCCUGCUGCCACCAGGAGCCACCGGGGCACAGGGGCUUCUCUCCCUCGGACGCCGUGGAGCCGGAGCACACGGCAGCGACUCCAAGGAGAAAGGAGAAGAGAGAGAGAAAGCAGGAGCCGUGGCGGGGAGACGGGGAGGAGCUCCCUGAAGGCUGGAGCACCGGGAGGCAGGGGGGCCCCGCCGCCCCUGGGAGCAGCCCUGUGCCUGCUGUCAGCGGCCAGGGUCCUGGGGGCCGCACAGGGCUGGGACAGGCUCCCCCGGUGUCCUGGGACGAGGAGCGCGGCUCCGACGUGGUCUGGGAGUUGCUCGAGCACUCGUCGGACAAGGCCUACGGGAAGAGAGUUCUGACGUGGGGUGGUGAGGUGUCGGCUGUCAGCCAGGACGCUAUUCGAGACAGCAGACUGGCCCGCGCCGCCACGGUGAUGGACUUCUGGGAUGAAGAGUUCGAUCGUGGGAAGGAAAAGAAAAUUAAGAAAUUCAAGAGAGAAAAGAGAAGAAACUUUAACGCCUUCCAGAAACUUCAGAAUAGAAGGAACUUUUGGUCUGUGACUCAUCCAGCCAAGGCCGCCAGCCUCAGCUACCGCCGCUGAGCCGCUGCCGUGAGAUAGAUCGGACUCACGGAGUUGGGGCUUUGCCUCCUGGGAGCUGUCCGUGUGGACUCCUGGCUGGUCCCCUCCAGGCCCUGCACCGUGGGCCUGCCGCGGGAGGUGGCACGCAGACACUCGGCUCCUGUGGAUCAGGACCUCUGACAAACUGCAGCGACACGCAGAGACAGCAGCACCAGCGGGGGCCUGGGCGGCGGCGGCCAGGCUGGACAGCAGGGGAGGACAGCGGCCACGCUGUCAGUCGAGCGCCCUGGGGUGGCCGUGUGGUUGGCUGCUCUUCUCGGCGAGCCGUCCCUCACCUGCUCCUGGUGGCUGGCACUGCCCUCCUGCCCCUCCCUGUCCCCUCCGCGGGGCUCUGUCUGCCUUACCUGUCUCCCCUCCGAAGCCAGAGCCCAAGGCUGCCCACCAGUGCACCUGUCCCUUGCAGGGAACUGGACCCUCUCCAGGAACGGCUGUUUGGGGUGUUCAUCGGGCGGCUGCUCGGCUGAGGGCACCUCCCGGACCUCCCCCUGCGGCUGCAGUGCCCGUGUCCUUACCCAGGGGCUGGCCUUGGGGCAGAGCGCGCCCUUAUUGUGCUGCCAACGUAGCCGGUCACUGCCAUCCCUGCGGCUGGCCGGCCGCUCCUCCCGGCGCAGGGCUGUGGCGUGCUCCGUGCGUGCUCCCCAGGCCGGUGCCCGCGAACCCCAGGAGGUCGCUUUUGUCUCGCUCAAGCUGUGCCUGUGAACUUGCAACUUAAUAAUCCUGGGGACUCCUCAGUCAGGGUACAUCUUCCAGACAAAACACAAACGCCCCGGUGGUAGA